UCUAACCGGAGGUCAUCCAGACUCGGAUACUACUUCUCUCCCUCUCUUUCACGCACUCAUCCAUAUUUCUCUUUUUCUUGGUUUGGACUCGAAAGCCGAAUAGACGAUGUUACGAUAGAUCGCCAGUAGAAGCUGGCUGCUUUCGUAACCCAACCAACCAUGGAAACAGCGUCGGUUUUCGUCUACUCAAAAGCAGUACCUUUUGGUUUUGCUCUCACCAACACCAACACCAACACCAACAGGUUUUCACUUAGACCUUUUAACAAACACCUAGAAUUCCAUUUGUCUUUCAAGAACUCUAGGAACCACAAAAACGUCAAAGCGGUUCAAACCCCACUCCGAUGCUUUUCAUCUUUUGCAACCCAAAAUCUCCCAACCAAAGCCUUCAAAAACCCAGUUUUUUCACAUCCAUUGCCAUCUUCAACGGCAACAAGAAGAACCCAUUUGUUUCAUCCACUCAAAUGCUCAUAUUCCAACACUACUGUCUCGGUAUCUCAGAUUCCAUUAUUGGGUAACAUCAAAAACCUCUCACUUGAUUCAUUGAAAACGACCCUUUCUCAGUUGACCCCAAUUGGCAUAUGCAAGUGGUCUUUGAUUUUCUCUAUCUCAAUUGCAGCCAUCAAAUGGACUGCGAAUGUACUUUUUAACCCUUUCUUCUGGAUGUAUUUUAGCUGGACUUGGUUGUUCUGGCCAUGGUUUGUCGCAGUGGGUCUUGCAAUGUACGGAUUUUAUUGCCUGCGCAAACAUUUGCGCGGAGAAGCUAAAGUAAUUGAGCAACUUGCCAUUGUUACUUCAGCAUUCACUUGGCUAACUCUUGUCCCACCUGCCCAUUUCAAUGGCUUCUUAGAAGGCUGGCCUUUUGUGUUCUUCUUCGUGUACCAUUAUUUCUUCUUCUUCAAUGUUAGUGUCCGGAAACGCCUUUAUGGCGACUACAACCCUCGCCAGCAUGACCCCAAGUGGGAUAUUAGUCCGCCCAAUUGGUCUCGCCUUUUGUUUUGUGCUGGAGUAUUGGUUGGGCACUGGCUUGCGGCAUUUGAAGGACCAGAACUGCACCUCCUUCCAGGUGGGUGGAACAAUUUGUGGGUUUGGAUUGUGAUAAUGUUAACUUUGUUCAUGCAGUAUCACUCCACAUUGUAUCUUGCAAAGUAUUCGGAGAAGGUGGUGGUACCGACUGAGGUUGUGCAGUUUGGGCCUUAUCGAUGGGUUCGCCAUCCUAUAUAUGCAUCUACAAUGCUUCUUUUUGUGACAUACUGCGCUGCAUUACGAGCACCUAUCAGCUCGCUGUUUGUUAUUGCGGUUUGCUUAAUGUAUUAUGGGCAGAAGGCGAAAUUAGAAGAGGCUUUGCUUGUCGAGACUUUUGGGGAGAGGUACACGGAGUACAUGAACAAAGUUCGCUACAAGCUGAUUCCUUUAGUUUAUUAGUUUCCUUACAGGUACAAUUUUCCUUCACUUUGUGCUUUGAUUGAUGUAUGGCAUACUGGUAAUUGGUUACCAAAAAAAGAAGAUGCUAGACAUGUAGAUCAGAUGUCAUCUUUUGGACAUUCUCAUGUUUGAUGUAUUCAGUGUCUCUUUAAAAAAAAAAUUAGUGUUUUUGCACUAAAUGCCUUAA